ACCCCAAUCAUCUGGAUCCUAGGUCAAUGCUCAACCGCUGAGCGACGCCCAGCCAGGCUGUAUUUGAAGAUUUUUAACAACUGUUUGAAACCUCAGGGAGUGUUUGAGUAAAUUGCUUGCUUCACAAUUUGUUAACUAGAAAGUAUGUUCUUGACUUUGUUACUUAUAAUACCCCAAAUGAGACCCUAACUAUUGCUUUCUUCUUACUAUCCUAUAUGUAAAGGGGACAGUUUAUACCUAUUUCUUUGGUUGUUAAUAUAGUAACUUUUAUGAAAGUCUCAGUACAUAAAAAAUUUCAAAUUGUUUCUUAUUUUGAAUUCUUAAAAUUAAUAUAUAGGUAUUAUGUUUAUCUUAUGUUUAGGAUUUUAUGAAAAAUGGAAAAUUAUGAGGCAUUUGUAGGCUUUGAUCUCUGUAAGAUACCACUCUCCAGUGUUGCUCAGAAGAUUAUGUCUGCUAUGCGUUCAGGUGAUUUAGUGGAGUCUAAGAAUUGGAGAGAGAGUGAAAACACUGCGGACGUGGUUGGCAAGUCCAGUGCGAGGUGUUCAGCACUGCCUGAAGAUGGGAGGGAUCAAGCACUGGGAACAAAGGAUCUUAAUUCUUUCACAAGCCAGACAUCAAGAGCGUCCAUCAAACUCUCUUCUCAGUCCUCCAGUAUCAGACUCACAGGUCAGCUGUCUGCUGACCAAAGACAGAACGUCAGCUCACUGGCUCCUUCCAGUUGUCUAAUGCCGCAGUGUAACCAAGAGGCUUCAGUUCUACAGAGAAAGGAACAUGAAAGAAAACAUUUCCUAAAACAAUACAUAAAUAAUGAAAAUAAAGAAAGCCUGAAUCUUAAAAGAAAAGGAAUGACAUGUAAUAAUUCACCUGAGAAAAUAAGUAAACAUUCAGCGCUGAGAGAAGCUGAUGAGGUGGAAGCCUCCCCAAAUUCUGGGGACUUGAGAGAGUUCAGGAACCAUUUGUGGGAUGUCAGGUAUUUGAAUGAUUUGGAGAAGAGCCAGCUGAUUGAAACCCUCAAGCAGGCAGGAGCCCUGGUGGUAACUCUGAUGUAUAAGGAUGGUUCCACCCAGCUAAGAGCUGACCAGGCUCCAGUUUCCUCUGUUAAAGGAGUUGUGAUGUUAGUACAGAGACACUCAGGAGAAGGCAGCAGUUCUCUGGGUGCCUCAGCCUCUGUCCAGGUUCUGGAGGAAGGCUUUGUGCCCCAUGGUCGGUGCAUCUACAUAAAAACAGAGCACUCUGCUAUCUGGAGCCAAGAGCAAGAGGCACACAAUCAGUUUGCCAGGAACAUGCUGUUUCAAAUAUUGAAGUGUAACUGUCCUGUUAUUUGUUUCAAUGCUAAGGAUUUUGUGAGGACAGUGCUGCAGUUUUUUGGUGGUGAUGGCAGUUGGAAGCAUGCUGCUGGUUUUGUGGGGCUGGACCCCAGAAUUGCUGCGUGGCUCAUAGAUCCUAGCGACGCUGCCCCCUCUUUUGAGGAUUUAGUGGCGAAAUACUUUGGAAACUCCAUCACGGUUAAAGUGAGCAGCACAUACGGAAAUUCCUCAAGAGCCACUGUGAAUCAGAACGUGUGUGCAAACCUGAAGAUACUCUACCAGCUUACGAUGUACCUUUGCUCUCAGCUGAAGGUUCAUGGUUUGUGGCAGCUGUUUUGUACUUUGGAGCUUCCUCUGAUACCAAUUUUGGCAGUGAUGGAAAGCCACAGUGUUCAGGUGAACAAGGAAGACUUGGAGAGGACCUCAGCACUUCUUGGGUCUCGCCUCAAGGAGCUGGAGCAAGAAGCCCAUUUCGUGGCAGGUGAACAAUUCCUUGUAACGAGCAGCAAUCAGCUUCGAGAGAUCCUCUUUGGCAAACUGAAGCUGCACCUGCUGAGUCCAGCGGAGACACUUCCCAGGACGGAGCUGCGGGGACACCUGUCCACAUCGGAAGCCGUGUUAAAUGCCCUGCAAGACUUUCAUCCAUUACCCAAGAUCAUUUUGGAAUACAGGCAGGUUCACAAGAUCAAGUCAACCUUUGUAGAUGGACUACUAGCCUGCACGAAAAAGGGCUCCAUCUCCUCCACCUGGAACCAGACUGGGACCGUGACGGGAAGACUUUCUGCCAAGCACCCGAACAUCCAGGGCAUCUCCAAGCACCCAAUUCAGGUGACUAGACCUCAGAAUUAUAAAGGGAAGGAGGGGGUCCUCACCGUCUCGCCCAGGACCGCGUUUGUCUCAGCCAGAGGCCACACCUUCCUGGCAGCAGACUUUUCACAGAUUGAAUUGCGCAUUCUUGCACACUUAUCUGGGGAUCCAGAACUUUUGAAGUUAUUCCAGGAAUCAGAAAGAGAUGAUGUAUUUUCUACCCUGACUUCACAGUGGAAGGACAUCCCCACAGAGCACGUGACGCACACAGACAGAGAGCAGACCAAGAAGGUGGUGUACGCCGUGGUGUAUGGCGCAGGGAAGGAGCGGCUUGCUGCUUGCCUCGGAGUUACCCUGCAGGAAGCCUCCCAGUUUCUGGAGAGUUUUUUGCAGAAGUACAGAAAAAUCAAGGACUUUGCCCAGGAAACCAUUGCCCGGUGCCACCAGACAGGCUACGUGACGUCCAUCAUGGGCCGGAGGAGACCGCUACCAAGGAUCCAUGCGCAGGACCAGCAGCUCCGGGCUCAGGCAGAGCGGCAGGCGGUGAACUUCGUGGUGCAAGGCUCCGCCGCGGACCUCUGCAAGAUGGCCAUGAUCCACACCUUUGCUGCCGUGGCCGCUUCCCCCACCCUGACUGCAAGGUUGGUUGCCCAGAUUCAUGAUGAGCUGCUGUUCGAAGUGGAAGACUCACAGGUUCCGGAGUUUGCAGCUCUUGUCAGGGGCGCCAUGGAGUCAUUGCAGCACGUGAGGGCAUUGGAGCUGCAGCUGCAGGUGCCCCUGAAGGUGAGCUUGAGUGCUGGCCGCUCGUGGGGACACCUGGUGCCACUGCAAGAGGCUGCGAACCCUUGGCCACGCCCAUGUCCUGCCGAGUCUCCAAGCAACCACCAGGCCACCGCUGAGCCCCUGGUCAGCACCUGCCCCCCCGGGCCUUCGUUUUGUCUGUAGUCCAGGGCAACAGCA